AUGGACAAUAAAUAUUAAGGUAACCUUUUCAAAAUGACAUGCUUUUUGUCAAUUCUAGUCUUCGGUAAAAGAUUCCUUCAAUCCUACUAAGCCCAUAUAUCUGAUUUCAUAUAUUUCAAAAUUCAAACUGUGACCAAAUUUACCACCAGCCAUUCUUAAAUCCAAUUCCAAAGGUUUUCUGAAAAAUAAAAUUUCAUCAUCUGAAAAAUAUUAAAAUAAAAAAAAUGUCUGAUUAUUUACCUGAAGAAGUGUUGAUCAAGAUCAUGACAAAGCUGCCUCCCAAAUCUCUUGUAAGGUUCCGUUGCGUUUCGAAAUCGUGGAAUUCGAUAAUCACAAGCCCAUUCUUCAUCUCAAUCCACACUCAACAAGCCUCGCUCUCCGAAUCCCAAAUCAUCGUCAGGCGUUAUUCAAAGGCCCAAAACAGUGAGGUCUACUCAGUGCACCACGACGACAAACACUUCUCCGAUGAAAAAAGCAUCCAAAUAGAAUAUCCUUUUCGUGACUACACGCGUUUCUAUUACCGGAUCGUGGGUUCUUCCAAUGGUGUGCUCUGCCUAUUGGACGAUCUAUUCGGGCAAGCUUACUCCAUCGUUCUAUGGAAUCCGACCAUCAAGCGAAAACUCACUUUGCCUAUGCCCGAAGAGAACGUCGCUUCGCAUGUGAUGUUUGUUCUUGGUUUUGGAUUUGAUGUCCAAAAUAACGACUACAAGGUUGUGAGGAUAUGUUAUAUUCAAGAGGAUUACGAGUAUUUGGUCCCCCCUGCAGUUGAGGUUUAUGCGGUUAAAACCGGGAGUUGGCGCACCUUUAAUGGUGAAGUCCCGAAGAAUUGUGUUGUCGAGUAUUUUUGGUCGCAGGUUGUGAUUUAUGGGAGUGUGCAUUGGGUUGCGUACAGAAAUAUGGGGAAGCACGAUAAGGUGGAAAACAUAAUAAUGUUGUUCAACUUGAGCCAAGAAGUGUUUGACGAAAUGGAAUUGCCUAAUCCGUUAAAAGACGAGCUUCCGAUUAAUUUGAACGUCGUUUCUCUAGAAGGUUCGCUCGCGGUUGUUCAGUACGACGAACGUGUUGGGAGCAAGAGUUGCUGCAUUUGGGUGAUGAAGAAAUAUGGUGAUGUGGAGUCAUGGAGCAAACGAUACUAUGUUGAUCUUGAAGGACUUGGGUUGAUUCUUGGUUUUAGAGCAAAUGGCGAUGUGCUUUUGACUGCUAGGAAUCGAGGGUUACUAUCGUAUGAUCAUAUCAUGGGGAAUAGUAAGGAUCUUGGCAUAUUUGGUACGAAAGACUCGUUUUACGUGGGCCCCUAUUGCGAGUCUCUCGGUUUACUUGUUGAGGGAAAAGAAGCGCGGGAAAGGGUGCCGAGUGAUAGUGAUAGUGACAGCGAGUGCGAGAGCGAAUGCGAGUCGUCGGUGGAGGAUGAUGAAGAUCGAUUUGGUGAUGUGGAGAAGAGCGAGUUUCGGAUGCAGCACAGUAUGUUUCAGUAUCUAAGUGCUCUGCUUAAGCGUUGA